AAAUCCCACCGUUCUAUCUCUCCCUAUUAUCUCUAAAUCCUCUCAUCACUCCAAGACUUUGUUGGGCUUAGAGAUAACUCAUUCAAUGUCUCAUUAACUACUCACUCUCCUCCCACCCAUAUCAAUAAAAUUAAAAAUAUACACAUAUUUCUCCCUAUAUAUGAGAGUUCCUCUUUUCUUUUAGCCUCAGUUUUGUUCUCAACAAGGUGGUGAUUUGCGAGGGUUUUCAAGAUGGGCCUCAGUCUCGAAGAGAUUAAAAACGAGACCGUUGAUCUGGAAAAGAUUCCGAUAGAGGAAGUCUUUGAGCAGUUGAAAUGUACUCGAGAAGGUUUGAGUGCCGACGAGGGAGCCAACAGGCUUCAGAUUUUUGGACCCAACAAACUGGAAGAGAAGAAAGAAAGCAAGUUACUCAAGUUUCUUGGGUUUAUGUGGAAUCCACUCUCAUGGGUCAUGGAAGCUGCUGCUAUUAUGGCCAUUGCACUGGCUAACGGUAAUGGGAAACCUCCAGAUUGGCAAGAUUUUGUCGGAAUUAUCUGCUUGCUCGUUAUCAACUCGACAAUUAGUUUCAUUGAAGAAAACAAUGCUGGUAAUGCCGCUGCAGCACUUAUGGCUGGUCUCGCUCCCAAAACAAAGGUUCUUAGGGAUGGUAGAUGGAGUGAACAAGAUGCUGCGAUCUUGGUUCCUGGAGACAUCAUCAGUAUUAAGUUGGGAGACAUUGUUCCUGCUGAUGCACGUCUUCUUGAAGGUGAUCCUUUAAAGAUUGACCAAUCUGCCCUCACCGGAGAAUCACUUCCAGUGACCAGGAACCCUUAUGAUGAAGUUUUCUCUGGUUCAACUUGUAAACAAGGAGAGAUUGAAGCUGUAGUCAUUGCUACCGGGGUCCAUACCUUCUUUGGAAAGGCUGCACAUCUCGUGGACAGCACGAACCAAGUUGGCCAUUUCCAGAAGGUGCUUACUGCUAUUGGAAACUUUUGUAUCUGUUCCAUUGCUGUUGGAAUGUUGGUCGAACUUGUUGUCAUGUACCCGAUUCAGCACAGGAAGUAUAGGGAUGGAAUUGACAAUCUCCUGGUUCUGUUGAUCGGAGGUAUCCCUAUUGCUAUGCCCACAGUUCUAUCAGUUACAAUGGCUAUUGGAUCGCACAGGCUCUCACAACAAGGAGCCAUUACUAAGAGGAUGACUGCUAUAGAGGAAAUGGCUGGUAUGGAUGUCCUUUGUAGUGAUAAGACAGGGACGCUGACCCUUAACAAGCUAUCUGUUGAUAAGAACUUGAUUGAGGUAUUUGCAAAGGGAUUUGAUAAGGAACAUGUGUUACUUUGUGCUGCACGAGCUUCAAGAACUGAAAACCAAGAUGCUAUUGAUGCUGCUAUAGUUGGAACACUUGCUGAUCCUAAGGAGGCUCGAGCUGGUAUUAGAGAAGUACACUUCCUUCCUUUCAAUCCUGUGGACAAGAGGACUGCCUUGACUUACAUUGAUUCAGAUGGAAAUUGGCACAGAACCAGCAAGGGUGCUCCAGAACAGAUCCUUACCCUUUGCAAUUGCAAGGAAGAUCUAAAAAAGAAAGUUCAUGCAAUGAUUGAUAAGUUUGCAGAGCGUGGGUUGAGAUCACUGGGCGUUGCAAGCCAGGUAGUGCCUGAGAAAUCAAAAGAUAGUGCUGGUGGCCCAUGGCAAUUCGUUGGUUUGCUGUCCCUAUUUGAUCCUCCAAGGCAUGACAGUGCUGAGACUAUUCGUAGGGCUCUCAAUCUCGGUGUAAAUGUGAAAAUGAUAACUGGUGACCAACUUGCUAUUGCAAAGGAGACUGGCCGAAGACUGGGAAUGGGAACAAAUAUGUAUCCUUCUGCUUCUUUGCUUGGUCAGGACAAGGAUGCAUCAAUAGCAUCACUUCCUGUAGAAGAAUUGAUUGAAAAGGCAGAUGGAUUUGCUGGAGUCUUUCCAGAGCACAAAUAUGAAAUCGUCAAGAAGUUGCAAGAGAGGAAGCAUAUUUGUGGUAUGACUGGAGACGGUGUCAAUGAUGCCCCUGCUUUGAAAAAGGCAGACAUUGGAAUUGCUGUGGCUGAUGCUACUGAUGCAGCACGAAGUGCUUCUGACAUUGUUCUUACGGAACCUGGACUUAGUGUUAUCAUCAGUGCAGUGCUAACUAGUAGAGCUAUCUUCCAGCGGAUGAAAAAUUAUACAAUAUAUGCAGUAUCCAUCACGAUCCGUAUUGUGUUUGGAUUCAUGUUUAUUGCACUGAUAUGGAAGUUCGACUUUUCUCCAUUCAUGGUUUUGAUCAUUGCCAUCCUAAAUGACGGAACUAUUAUGACAAUCUCAAAGGAUAGAGUAAAACCAUCUCCAUUGCCCGAUAGCUGGAAGUUGAAAGAGAUAUUUGCUACUGGGAUAGUGCUUGGAGGUUACUUGGCAUUACUAACUGUUAUCUUCUUCUGGUUGAUGAAAGAUACUGAUUGGUUGCCGAAUACAUUUGGUGUGAGAUCCAUUAGAAAUAAGCCUGAUGAAAUGAUGGCAGCCCUCUACCUCCAGGUCAGUAUUGUCAGCCAGGCUCUUAUUUUCGUAACAAGGUCCCGCAGCUGGUCUUUCGUCGAGCGCCCUGGAUUCUUGUUGCUUGGUGCCUUCCUGAUUGCACAAUUGAUAGCAACUUUGAUAGCUGUGUACGCAAACUGGGGUUUCGCCAGGAUUCAAGGAUGUGGAUGGGGAUGGGCUGGUGUCAUAUGGCUAUACAGUAUUGUCUUCUAUUUCCCGCUUGACAUCAUGAAAUUCGCUACUCGUUAUGCUCUAAGUAACAAGGCUUGGCAAAGCAUGAUCGACAACAGGACUGCUUUCACAACCAAGAAAGACUAUGGAAAAGAAGAGAGAGAAGCUCAGUGGGCACUAGCUCAAAGGACUUUGCAUGGACUUCAACCGCCAGAGGCCUCUAACAUCUUCAAUGAGAAGAGCAGUUACAGAGAACUUUCUGAGAUUGCUGAACAAGCCAAGAGACGAGCAGAAGUCGCAAGGCUCCGAGAACUCCACACUCUCAAGGGGCAUGUUGAAUCAGUGGUGAAGCUAAAGGGUCUCGACAUCGACACAAUCCAGCAGCACUACACAGUCUAAGACAACAUAAAGAGAGAUACGUAACUCGGGAGCGCAGAUGCCAUCGCUCAAGAAUGGCAUUAGUAUUUAACAUAAGAAGUGUACCCUUAGAAAAUGCACUGCGAACAUUGGCCUUUGAGCUAUAAUAUCAGCAGUACCUAAACUUUGAGUUACAUUUUCUUGCAUUACCAUGUGUUUUGAUC